GACUGGAGCCUUGGGUGCUCGAUCAGUGUUUCCUGAUAAAGAUGGCAGACUUUUAGAGCAGUCCUGCAUUUCAGUUUUACUUUCUCAGUGGAUGAGCAGUUAUUUCAGGAUGGAAUAAACAAGGUUGUUCCAGAGGCGUUCGCUGUGUUCUCUCCUGUGCCUGGAGGUGCCAGCGCUCCUGACAGCGCGUGUGGAUCCCAGCAGCUGAUUGGCAGCUUUAUAACUUAGUUAUUGGAGUCUCAGCUUAUUUACCCUGACAGAUCUUGGUCUGAUUUAUCACUCUUGGUGCUGCAGUGCAUUGUGUAACACGGCACAUCCAGCUGAACAAUCCACAUCAAUUUGUAGCACUUCCCUCACAGAAUUGCCGGCUUUAUCAGAGAAAUUCUUGUUUUGGUGACAUCAGCUCCUUGACAUCCAUGCCAUGUUUUAGUUGUGCCUCAGCUGCUAGCUACAGCCUCUCAAGGGAGCCAGUACCACCCGUGCCUGGAUACAUGAGGCAGAGAUGUGAAAGGGAGAGACGGGGGUAACCAGUCUUCCAUUAAAUAUUUGCUCUUAAUGUUCGAGCUGAUCCUGCCUAUUGUCCUUGGUGUCUAAUGGUAUUCACACAGCGGCAUCCGUGGAAUAAAGGGAAAAUGUUUCAUUUCAUACCUACUACAUUGUAAAGAAUUCCAUGCUGAAGAGGCUAAAGAAUAAAACCCAAAUCCAUCUACCGCCGGGGAGCCCGAAGAUGGAGGAAGCUGUACCGAGUCAAUGGGCAUUUGUUCCAGGCCAAACGUUUUAACAGAAGAGCUUACUGUGGCCAGUGCAGUGAAAGGAUAUGGGGCAUCGCAAGGCAAGGCUACAAGUGUAUCAACUGCAAGCUGCUGGUCCAUAAACGCUGCCACAUCCUUGUCCCACUGACCUGCAAAAGGCAUAUGGAUUCGGUCAUGCCUUCCCAGGAACCUCGCUUAGAUGACAAAAACGAUGAGGCUGAUCUCCCUUCAGAGGACACUGAUGGAAUUCCCUACAUUCCUUCAAACCGGAAACAUGACACCAUUAAAGAUGACUCUGAGGAUCUCAAACCAGUCAUUGAUGGAAUGGAUGGAAUUAAGAUUUCUCAGGGGCUUGGGCUCCAGGACUUUGAUUUAAUCCGAGUUAUUGGCCGUGGAAGUUAUGCCAAAGUUCUUCUGGUUCGGUUAAAAAAGAAUGAUCAGAUCUAUGCUAUGAAAGUAGUGAAAAAAGAGCUGGUCCAUGAUGAUGAGGAUAUUGAUUGGGUACAGACAGAGAAACAUGUGUUUGAACAGGCAUCCAGUAACCCAUUCCUAGUUGGUUUACAUUCCUGCUUUCAAACAACGAGUCGGUUGUUCCUUGUCAUAGAGUAUGUCAAUGGGGGGGACCUCAUGUUCCACAUGCAACGGCAGAGGAAACUCCCUGAGGAACAUGCAAGGUUUUAUGCUGCUGAAAUUUGUAUUGCUCUAAACUUCCUACAUGAAAGAGGCAUCAUCUACAGAGAUCUAAAACUGGACAAUGUUCUCUUAGAUGCAGAGGGUCAUAUCAAAUUAACAGAUUAUGGCAUGUGCAAGGAAGGUUUGGGCCCAGGUGACACUACAAGCACUUUCUGUGGGACACCAAAUUACAUUGCACCAGAGAUCCUCAGAGGAGAAGAAUAUGGGUUCAGCGUGGACUGGUGGGCGCUGGGGGUGCUGAUGUUCGAGAUGAUGGCGGGGAGGUCCCCGUUCGACAUCAUCACUGACAAUCCCGACAUGAACACUGAAGAUUACCUCUUCCAAGUUAUUCUGGAGAAGCCAAUCCGGAUUCCAAGGUUUCUUUCUGUCAAGGCUUCCCAUGUGUUAAAAGGAUUUUUAAACAAGGAUCCCAAAGAAAGGCUUGGCUGCCAGCCCCAGACUGGAUUUGCUGAUAUCAAGUCUCACACGUUUUUCCGCAGCAUAGACUGGGACCUGCUGGAGAAGAAGCAGACGACGCCCCCGUUCCAGCCGCAGAUCACGGACGAUUACGGCUUGGACAACUUCGACACGCAGUUCACCAGCGAGCCCGUGCAGCUCACCCCAGAUGAUGAAGAUAUAAUAAAGCGAAUAGAUCAGUCCGAAUUUGAAGGAUUUGAAUACAUUAAUCCAUUGUUGCUGUCAACAGAAGAAACAGUAUGAAGGAAUGACCUCGUUGGGGACAGUGGGAAUGACAUUAAUUUAUCCUUAACUACAGUAUAUGCAUGCGAGGCUGGGACUGGUCACUUUGGAUGGAGACCAAUGAUCUAAAAACAAAUUUGCUGCUGAAAAUCAAAGAAGAGAAUUAUGAUUUUGGUGGGUGUCCUCUGCCACUUAGUGAUUCUUAAGUUCUGGGCACUGACACAACUGGCUUCAUUAAUGAAGGAAUUUGCAUUUUGUGCCUGUUUCAUGAAGGAUUGAAACGUUCAUUGCAUCCCUGCAAAAGGAGAUCAUGAGAAACUCUGAGAUCCACACACUUUCUACAAACAUUUGAUGCAAUGAGCUCCCAGUUGAAGAGUAUUACAGUGUAACAUCCUGAAGAAUAAAAUAUAUUACAGUGGUGUUGAAGCUUAUUUUUGAUGCCUUUUUUCACAAGUGGUACCUGUCUAAACAUCUCAGAUAUAUUUAAAAGGAGUUGUGUUUUAUUAGCAAUCAAAACAUAAAUUUGGGUACAAGAUUUAAGUGCCUAAAUGGAUAAACUGCAUUGAAGGAUUAUUGCAUAUUUGGGAUGUUCUUACACCUGGUAAGUUCUGCUUGUUAAUAUUCAGUAAAGUUCCAUCUGAAACAUACAGUUCACAGCUGCAGCCUGAUGUUUAGUUGCAUUUUUACAGAAUUUGGAAUGCAGAGUGACUUAGUGAGAUUAAUUCCAAAUUAGAAUUUACGGUAUCAAUUACAGAAUCUGUUGUCUUAAACUCCAAAUUUACCAAAAUGUAGAGAUUGAGGAAAACUAAAUUUGCACACAAAGGAUUUCUAAACAUACUUAAGCAGUGCCUACACCUACAAUGAUAUUGUGUUGUAUAUUAGAUUUUUGAAAAGUAUUUUUAUCAACAAUACAAAUAUUCAGAUGUAGAGCAAAAGCAUAGUAAAGCAUAGCCUUAAAGUAGUAAAUCUAGAAUAACCAUAAGAUAAAAUCCACUUUCCUGAUAAAGCACACCUCCUGCUUAUGAUAAACUGUCUGCUUACAGUUGCUCAGUGUGCAUUAAUAACUAAUUAAUCAUUCUGCAGCAGAGAAUGGGAUCUUUCAGCGAAAUGAUUUGCAUCAAAGCAGUACAAUUCUUUUCAUGGCAGAAAAACAAAUACCUAAGAAAUUGGAAGAAGCAAAAGACAACUGUGGAAUCCCUUCUGGUGGGAGCUGGGGGUGCCAGGGGAGGGCUCAGCUCUGCUGGGGGAGGGAAAACAAAAACCCUGUGCUGGCCUCUCACCUGCUUGGGUGUAAAACACAGGAGAAAUUGUGACACUUUCACUUUCUUUACAUUAACCUAUGGUUUUCUCAGGGUACAGCAUUGCAUUAGGUGCUGAACAUGACAUCUUUGGGAUUCACAUCCAAGUCAUGAGGUGCUAGGACCAGACUGCCAAAACAUUGUUUGAAAUAGUCAAUUAAUCAUUGAUUAACAAUCUAGGUUUUGUAUCCCCUCCUUAGCCACACUUAUGCAGACCUGUGGUUGUUUAGUUCUAUGAAUCCCAUUCAGGUUUCAGUUGUGGGUUUCUCUGUUGGACUGUAGCUUUUCAUAUUCAGCAAAAUGUGUUUUAAUCAACACUAAAUAAUUUAACUAGUAAAAAGUACUUGCCUCAAAUGCCUGGACUUUAGAUACUUUAUUAUCUACUAAAGGCAACAUUACCUUUUAAAUGUGAUCUGACAUUUUUUUUAAUUGCUCCUUUUCCCUCUUAUUUUAUUUGCCCUGAAUAAUUUCCUGUUCAGUGUUUUGAACUCCCCUGGUACUAAAGCUAAUCAGGAGUGAUCAGAGUGACUGCAGGCAGCUCAUGAAAGGAACUGUGACAGGUUAAGCUGUCCUUCGACAUGCCAGGGCAUGGAACUUGAAACUGGAAAUAUUAGAAAUGUGGGUUGGGGUUUUUUUUAACCUUUUUUUCCAGGUUUCAGAACAUUUUGGGAGGGAGGGAAGGAAGAAUAGAAAGACACAUUUUGCUAAUCAAACAUUGUAAAGACUAUUUGAUUUUUAUUUAAGAAUUUACAGGCAUUUACAAUGUUGCUGUGUUGCCAAAUAGUUUGCUGGGUACAAGUUUGGUUGCUCAUGUGCAAGUGUUUGAAUAAUGUUCUGUUCAUGAUGAAGGGGAAAUUUUUUAUAUAAAGUACUUGUUUUAUAAAUAAAAGAAAAUGAAGGAUGUAAUUAAAUGUGUGGUUUGGAAAAAAAAAUCCUAAUAUAUUACAAAUGGAUCUGGUAAUGAUAUAUAGUUGUCUUAUUUGAAAUAGUAAAUGAAAAUUCUAGCUAAUUUAAUGAUUGUAAAACAGUAAAUAUGUUCUUGUAGUUUUGUAUAAUUAAUUAGUUGGGAUCUUUGCUGACCAGUUUUAAUUGUGCAGAAGAUGGUAUACUAAUCCAUAACAGCUGAGAUCAUUUAUAUUCUUGCACAUCUAUUAAAGACUUUAAUGAAAAAGUU